AUGAGCUCGAUUCAAGACUUUGAGAAGAAUCUGACUCCCGUCAGCGACGAGGUCUUCAACGCUGCCGUUGAAUUGGUGCAAAACAUGCCCAAGGAUGGUAAAGAUUAUCUGAUUGGAUUUCUAAAAUGAUCGAUAAUGAACGCAUUUGUUUUAGGCGAUGUUGUCUUAUCAAACGAAGAAAAGUUAUCGUUCUAUGGACUCUUCAAACAAGCGACUCUUGGACAAUGCAGAUCAUCUAGCCCCGGAAUAUGGCAUGUCGUGGAACGCUACAAGUGGUAUGCCUGUUUAAGAAAUAAUUGCAAUGUUCUUUGUACUCAUUGUUAUUUAUAACUUAUUUGUUAUUCCCUAACUUUUAGGGAUGCCUGGUCAGCAUUGGGAAGUCUGGAACCCAGCAAAGCCAAGUCAAUUUAUGUACAUAACCUCCAGAAUGUAAUGGAUAAAGUGUUGGAAAAUAGAACGGUGCAUGAAUUGUUAUCUGACCCAAGAUGGCUUCAUAUUCGACCAAUUGUUGAACCCAAGUUUAAGAUCCUUGGCAGGACGAUUGACGGGCCUGGCGGAGCCGAUAGUUCAAGCAAGCCAUGCUCAUCUUCCAAUGGUAUCAAAAUAUUUUAAUUACGAAGUAAUUUCAGUAGGGGAAGAGUCUGUGACGGAGAGUGCCUACUCGGAGGCCUUAAUCUCAAAUCCGGGAAGUAAUGUUGUCAGUGACGAUGAAUACGUGGAUGCUCGUGGAGAAUCACCAGUCGUUGUUACGCGAUCGGAAUUGAGGUAUAUUUGAUUAUUUUUGUAUCCAAAGUGGUCUUCUUUACAGUCACUCACCCUUGAGUAGCGGUGCGGCUCCAGAGGAUCCAAUGAGCAGAAGUUUGACUUCAGAUCUUCUGAAUUCCUUCCAAAUGACAACAAAUCUAAUUACUCAGCAGAUCCAGACUUUGAAUUCUGCCUUUAAUCAGCAGAACAAGGUACUUCAGAGAUUGUUUGACAAACUGGUGGGUACUCUAACGAAACUAUAUUCCUUUCCAGAACCACUAUCGAAUCAUCACUUGGCCUUUAUUUAUUUUCCUUUUAAUCUGGCCAGUUCUUGUCCAAAUGUUCAUCAGAUAUAUGUUCAGAUCGAAGUAA